UAGUGUCUCGGUGAACACACGCGCACAAACUCACAGCUGGAUACCGAUGAAGGUCUUAUUAGCAACAGCCGCCUUGCUGGCGGCUUGGACCCAUGGCCACGAAAUAGAGAAGCGACAGGCCAGUGAGCCGGAGAGACGCGUGGUCUGCUACUACACAAACUGGUCGGUGUACAGACGAGGCCUCGCGAAGUACACACCACAGAAUAUUAACCCUUACCUGUGUACUCACCUGAUCUACGCUUUUGGAGGACUGACCGACGAAUUUGAAGUCAAGCCUUUCGACACUUAUCAGGAUAUUGAACAAGGCGGCUACGCUAAAUUCAACGGCCUCAAGCAGUACAACAAGGGCUUAAAAACCCUCCUGGCUAUCGGCGGGUGGAAUGAGGGCUCAGGGCGAUUCAGCGAACUCGUCUCCCUCCCUGAGUACCGAAAGACGUUCAUCAUCUCGGCCAUAAGGCACCUGCGACGCUAUAACUUCGACGGUCUCGAUCUCGACUGGGAGUACCCCGCGUCUCGAGAUGGGUCCGCGCCUGAGGAUCGGGAGAACUACGCUGCCCUGGUCAAGGAACUCCGCGACGCCUUUGAAGAUGAAGGCUCCAAGGUCAAGAAGGGCAAGCUCCUCCUGACAGGGCCCCUUUCCCCGCUUGGGCAAACUAAAAUCGAUAAAGGUUUCGACCUAACCGCUUAUUCCCCGCAUUGCAGAGACCUGGACUUCAUCAACAUUCUCAACUAUGACUACCACAGCGCCUACGAGCCUACCAUUAACCACCAUGCUUCCCUCCUCCCCGCACCUGGCACCUCCGAGUACGAGUGGAACGCCCAGCUCAAUGUGGACUGGACCGUGAAAUACUACAUCUCCCUCGGCGCAGAGAGACAGAAGCUGGUCAUCGGCAUCCCGACAUACGGCCGUUCAUACACGCUUCUCGACGGAAAUUUCACGGACUUCGGGGCCUCUGCUGACGGUCCGGGCGAGCAGGGAAAAUACACGAAAGAAAACGGGUUCAUGGCUUUCUAUGAGGUUUGCGAGAAUAUUGCCUCACACGGAUGGGACGUGAGGAAGCCCUACCCUCGUCGCAUCGGUCCUUAUGCCUUCAGUGGAGAUCAGUGGGUUGGUUACGACGACGAGAAGAUUGUUGCCAGGAAGGCGGAAUAUGUGCGCGAUGAGGACCUCGGUGGUAUUAUGUUCUGGAGUCUCGAUAACGAUGAUUUCCGCGGCAUUUGCAACGGCGAGCAAUACCCUCUCGUGGAGGCGGGCAAGAAGGCACUCUUUGGAGCUGAAGACACCCAGACCAACGAAGCCAGGAAACUAGAAGCAACGCCAAGCACAAGAGGGUCGGCCUCAGACUCCCAGCGCUCGAGAAACAGGUUCCGCACCACGACCCAGGAACCAGAACCGCAAGAACCGUUCGUGAGGACGCGCCAACGCCCCUCCCCCACGAGAACCGAAGACAGCACCCCCUCCUCUCGCACCAGAACCCGAGGACGCUUCAGAACCCAGGACACCACCACCACUACCCGCGAGCCCUUCAGAACCGCCGAGGGUGGUUCGCCCGUCGACGCCGGUCAAAGGGUUCGCGGUGGAGCCCGAUUCAGGGACGCUAGACCGCAGACUGACACUGAUAGAUCCACUAGAGUUCGCGUCAGCAGCGACAGGCCCCGCACCCCUAGCCUUACCUCACGCCUCAACCGCCCACGGACAAGGACCACGCCCGCCCCCGCCACGACCACCACCACACCCAGGCCUACCAGACCAACCACGGCUGCCCGCGUGCCCGAACGUCGCCGCCGCCCGGGAGCUCGCCCACAGAACAGGCGUCAGCAACAAACCACCACCAUUGACCCCCUCAACACGCCCGCCCCGCCCACGACGCCAAGUCCAUCAACUGGAUUCUCAUGCAAGCGUGAAGGUUUCUACCCCAACCCUGAUAACUGCCAUAAAUAUUACUGGUGCCUGGAUUCCGGUGCCUCGGGACUUGGCAUUGUGGCACAUAGCUUCACCUGCCCCUCGGACCUGGUGUUCAACAAGGUGAUCGACGGCUGCGACCACCCCGACCGCGCUAAGUGUUCCACGGAGAAGAAGAGCCGAGGGGGGGCAGGUGCCACGACCCCCCGCUCCUCCACCCCCAUCCCCACCACCACCGAAAUCCCCCUUGACUACUCCUAUAUGGACGACUACUAUUACUACGACUACGAGGAGGAACUGACGGAGCCCGAGGUUGUGGAGCCCGUGUCGAACGCCGUGGCCAGGAAGAUCCAUAACUCCGGCGGGAACCAGUUCGUGAUCUCAGACUCCCCCGCGGAGGAGUCAGCCGCCCCUUCGUCAGGAAGUCCCGGCAGCCGGUCCAGACCUCAGUACCAGAGCAUCGCCAGAGAGAGACCACAGGGGCCCCCAGCAGCGGCGGCAGAGGAGGAUAGUCCGGCCCCCGCCGAGCCCGAGACCCGAGACGACCCCCUCCGCCAGUACACGACCAUCCAGCGGCAGCGCCCCGCCCGCCCCCAGGCCGCCGCAAGGGCGCAGGAGGAGACGGAGGCCCCAGAAGCCGGAGGACGUAGGAACUACGUGACCCUCGAGAGGCGCCGUCGCCCGGGCGCCGUGUCUGACGCCACCGAGGCGCCCUUCGAGUCCUUCGAGCCCACGCAGCCCACCCUUGAGUACGUGACCAUUCGGCGUGACCGUGACAGGACCCCUACCCCCCCCUCCCCCUCUGACACCCCCCUCUCGCCCUCCUCCCCCGAGGAGGAACCCCAGCAGACGAGGCUCGCCCAGGGCCCCACCACCUCCAGGUACGUGACCCUGCAAAGAGGUCGCGGCACGACUUCACAACCCAGCACGACCGUCGAGGAAGAGUUCCCCACGACCUUUGAGGAAACGACCGUCGCCUCGACCUUCCCCGUAAGUGCGCCCCCCGUCAAGUACCGCCCACUUGUGCCCGCGGAAGACCAACGUGACCUGUUUGACCCAAUCGAACUAACCGGAUCGGCGGACCCCGUUCGAGGAAGGGUCAGCUCGAGGUCACGGAUCGCAGGGGUGGAUCAUGAGAACAAUCUUGUAGUGAAGGUCGUGCGAGGUCGUAAAAGGGUCAGGGUGUCGACUGCGUCUUCCCGCACGACGGUUAGUCCUGUGUCAGAGUCGGUGGUCGUGACCCCUGCUGACUUGGCACCAGAGGAGGAUGGUGACGUCCAUCACACUCUGGUGCCAGUGCCAGGCUUUGGGCAAGUGUCGGGUUCACACGAGACUCGUGGCUCUGUUACUGAAUCUUUAACCACAGGCUCCCUUGAUGUCGGUAGCAUCGAUGCAUCAGUCGACAUCAGUGGUAGUGUGCCUUUCGGUGUUAAAAGCACUGGCGAUUCUUCUGUUGCCCAUACUGGUGUUAGGGGCACUGUUAUUGUCGCUGGCACUGCUGGUGUCACCGGCACUACUACCUCUCAGAGCUCGCAUGGUGCCAUUGAUACCCAUGUUUUUGAGGAUAAUGACAUUGCGGCAUCACAUGGCACUCAUCUUUCCCAUGCCUCGACCUCCUCCCGAGGCACUGCUGCUUCUCAUUCCAUCGACACUUCCCUUGGCAUUCAGGGAGGAAGCGACUCUGUGUAUGGAACAGUUACAGCCUCCCGUGGCACUGCUGCUUCACGUGGCACUGUUACAACACAAAAUGUUGCUGGCUUUAUUGGCACAACUGAUGCAGAUAACAUCAUUGCCUCUCACGGAACUCUUGCUUCUCAUGAAGUCACUGCUUCACGUGGCAUUGUUGCCUCUCAUGAUGUUGCCAGCUCACGUGGCACUGUUGCCGGCUCACGUGGCACUGUUGCCUCUCAUGAUUUUGACACGUCUCGUGGCACUGUUGCUUCUAAAGAAGUUGCCAGCUCACGUGGCACUGUUGCUUCUCAUGAUGUUGCCAGCUCACGUGGCACUAUUGCCUCUCAUGAUGUUGCCAGCUCACGCUCCCGUGGCACUGUUGCCUCUCAUGAUAUUGCCAGCUCACGUGGCACUGUUGCUUCUCAUGAUGUUGCCAACUCACGUGGCACUGUUGCUUCUCAUGAAGUUGCCAGCUCACGUGGCACUGUUGCCUCUCAAGGUGUUGCCAGCUCACGUGGCACUGUUGCCUCUCAAAAAAUUGCCAGCUCACAUGGCACUGUUACUUCUCAUGUUGCCAGCUCACGUGCCACUGUUCCCUCUCAUGAAGUUGCCAGCGCACGUGGCACUGUUGCUUCUCAUGAUUUUGACACGUCACGUGACACUGUAGCUUCUCAAGAAGUUGCCAGCUCACGUGGCACUGUUGCCUCUCAUGAUGUUGCCAGCUCACGUGGCACUGUUGCUUCUCAUGACGUUGCGAGCUCACAUGGUACUGUUGCUUCCCAUGAUGUUGCCAGCUCUAGUGGCACUGUUGCUUCCAUGACGUUCUCACGUGGCACUGUUGCUUCCAUGAUGUUGCCAGCUCACGUGGCACUGUUGCCUUCCCAUGAAUUUGACACGUCUCGUGGCACUGUUGCUUCUCAAGAAGUUGCCAGCUCACAUGGCACUGUUGCCUCUCAUGACGUUGCCAGCUCACGUGGCACUGUUGCCUCUCAUGAAUUUGACACGUCUCGUGGCACUGUAGUUUCUCAAGAAGUUGCCAGCUCACGUGGCACUGUUGAUUCUCAUGACGUUGCCAGCUCACGUGGCACUGUUGUCUCUCAUGAAUUUGACACGUCUCGUGGCACUGUAGCUUCUCAAGAAGUUGCCAGCUCACGUGGCACUGUUGCUUCUCAUGAUGUUGCCAGCUCACGUGGCACUGUUGCCUCUCAUGAAUUUGCCAGCUCUCGUGGCACUGUAGCUUCUCAAGAAAUUGCCAGCUCACGUGGCACUGUUGCUUCUCAUGAUGUUGCCAGCUCACGUGGCACUGUUGCCUCUCAAAAAAUUGCCAGCUCACGUGGCACUGUUGCCUCUCAUGAUGUUGCCAGCUCACGUGGCACUGUUGCCUCUCAUGAUGUUGCCAGCUCACGUGGCACUGUUGCCUCUCAUGAUGUUGCCAGCUCACGUGGCACUGUAGCUUCUCAUGAUUUUGACACGUCUCGUGGCACUUUUGCUUCUCAUGAUGUUGCCAGCUCACGUGGCACUGUUGCUUCUCAUGACGUUGCCAGCUCACGUGGCACUGUUGCCUCUCAUGAAUUUGACACGUCUCGUGGCACUGUAGCUUCUCAAGAAAUUGCCAGCUCACGUGGCACUGUUGUUUCUCAUGAUGUUGCCAGCUCACGUGGCACUGUUGCCUCUCAAAAAAUUGCCAGCUCACGUGGCACUGUUGCCUCUCAUGAUGUUGCCAGCUCACGUGGCACUGUUGCCUCUCAUGAUGUUGUCAGCUCACAUGGCACUGUUGCUUCUCAUGAUGUUGCCAGCUCCCGUGACACUGUUGCCUCUCAUGAUGUUGCCAGCUCACGUGGCACUGUUGCUUCUCAUGAUGCUUCCAGCUCACGUGGCAUUGUAGCUUCUCAUGAUGUUGCCAGCUCCCGUGGCACAGUUGCCUCUCAUGUUGCCAGCUCCCGUGACACUGUAGCUUCUCAUGAUUUUGACACGUCUCGUGGCACUUUUGCUUCUCAUGAUGUUGCCAGCUCACAUGGCACUGUUGCUUCUCAUGAUGUUGCCAGCUCCCGUGGCACUGUUACUCAUGAUGUUGCCAGCUUACGUGGCACUGUUGCUUCUCAUGAUGUUGCCAGCUCCCGUGGCACUGUUGCCUCUCAUGAUGUUGCCAGCUCACGUGGCACUGUUGCUUCUCAUGAUGUUGCCAGCUCCCGUGGCACUGUUGCCUCUCAAGGUGUUGCCAGCUCCCGUGGCACUGUUGCCUCUCAUGAUAUUGCCAGCUCACGUGGCACUGUUGCCUCUCAAGGUGUUGCCAGCUCCCGUGGCACUGUUGCCUCUCAUGAUGUAACCAGCUCACAUGGCACUGUUGCUUCUCAUGAUGUUGCCAGCUCACGUGGCACUGUUGCCUCUCAAGAAGUUGCCAGCUCACGUGGCACUGUUGCCUCUCAUGUUGCUAGCUCACGUGGCACUGUUGUUACUCAUGAUGUUGCCAACUCCCAUGGCACUAUAGCUUCCCAUGAUGUUGCCAGCUCACAUGGUACUGUUGCUUCUCAUGAUGUUGCCAGUUCACGUGGCACUGUUGCUUCUCAUGAUGUUGCCAGCUCCCGUGGCACUGUUGCCUCUCAUGAUGUUACCAGCUCACGUGACACUGUUGCCUCUCAUGGUGUUGCCAGCUCCCGUGGCACUGUUGUCUCUCAUGAUGUUGCCAGCUCACGUGGCACUGUUGCUUCUCAUGAUGUUGCCAGCUCACAUGGCACUGUUGCCUCUCAAGAAGUUGCCAGCUCACAUGGCACUGUUGCCUCUCAUGUUGCCAGCUCACGUGGCACUGUUGUUUCUCAGGAUGUUGCCAGCUCCCGUGGCACUAUAGCUUCCCAUGAUGUUGCCAGCUCACAUGGCACUGUUGCUUCUCAUGAUUCUGCCAGCUCACGUGGCAGCGUUGCCUCUCAAGAAGGUGCCAGUUCACGUGGCACUGUUACCUCUCAUGAUGUUGCCAGCUCACGUGGCACUGUUGCCUCUCAUGAAGUUGCCAGCUCACGUGGCACUGUUGUUUCUCAAGAAGUUGCCAGCUCACGUGGCACUGUUGCCUCUCAUGAUGUUGCCAGCUCACAUGGCAUUGUUGCCUCUCAUGAUUUUGACACGUCUCGUGGCAAUGUUGCCUCUCAUGAUGUUGCCAGCUCACGUGGCACUGUUGCCUCUCAUGAUUUUGACACGUCUCGUGGCAAUGUUGCCUCUCAUGAUGUUGCCAGCUCACGUGGCACUGUAGCUUCUCAUGGAAUUUCCAGCUCCCGUGACACUGUUGCCUCUCAUGGCGUUUCCAUUUCUAGUGGUGCAACUAUAUCUCGUGGCACUGUUGAUGCAUCUCGUGGUACAUUUGAUAUUAGCACGACCGCUGUUGAUGACACAGGCGACGUUCCCGGUGACACAAGCUACACUCUUACAUCACGUGGCAGUAUCGCUACGGGUGUCACAGCCACAGGUGAUUCUCAAAUCACUACUUCAGACACACAGACACACGUUCAGUCAGAACACGAGCGCAGUCAGACAGCUUCUUUCGGUGCUGUGCAUGGGUCACGGAUCGGCCUCACUGGCACUCAGGACGACCUCGUGUCGACGUCUGGUUUCAUAGAACAUAGUGACCCCAAACAGAGUCUUGACUUCGUGUCUGGUGGCGAUGACCCUGCCUUCGAGCUGACCUCACGUGCGGGAUCCGACCUAGCAUCCGCCCAGUCCCCUAUUCCGACCUUAGAGAUCGCUAAGAAGGUGUCUGUUUCGGUGACGGGCGAAGCUAGCGACUCCCGUGUUCCCCAGUUUCUCGAGGGAAAGGAGACCUCCACCUCCUCCCUCUCUCCUGCCUCCACCUCAUCUUCAUCUUCACUUUCUUCUUCCCUUUCCUCAUCCCUCUCCCCCUCUUCCUCGUCCUUUGGUUCUACUGAUCCCUCUCUCCAUCUAACCGUGCAUGGUACAGGACACACUCUCCAACAUGAGGGAAAAUUACAACUAGUGCAUGAAGGCUCCGUUCCCGACGGUGUUAACGAGAAGAGCCCCUUAGUGCAUGGUUCACAGCAUGGUGUGAAAUCCGAAGGGCGCAUGGCUGUAGAGACGGCGACGGAGAAGGCGAGAGUGCAUGCUAACACGAAACCCCAGCGAAGCCACGCAGAGGAAGGCCGCCCCCGCCUGCAUGAUGCUCUCUCUCCCCAGACCGGCGAUGACUUCGGAGUAGCUAGUGGUGGCGCAGCGCUUGAGGAUUACUAUUACGUCGACGACCUUUCCUACGAUGAUGAAGCAGCCACCUCUUCUCCUGCAAAGCCACAAACCAUAUCCGAUACCACUACUACUCCCACAACCACAAUUACUACACCUAUCCCAACAACAACCACAACUACCUCCACCACAACACCGCCGCCAACUACCCCAACACGCAGGACAUCCAGGCCCCGAACACGUACACGCGUUAGAGGCCGUCCAGUCACAGGCUCCAGCAGCCGCAGCCAGGAGUCGUCUGCAGGCCCUGGGGAGCGCAGAACCUCCACUCUUCGCCGCCGCCUGCCAUCCUCCACAUCCACCACGGCCGAGGAAACAUCUGUCACAGGAACGACCGCGACUAAUGUGGAGGUUGUGAAGGAUGUGGAGGAGGCGCAGGAGGAGGAGGAGGAGGUUCUGGCGACUCCCACUGCCGGUAGACGACCCGGCGGACUGAGGCCCAACAGACCCAACCCACAGACACGGAGAAGGAUUGUCGUAAGGAAGAGAGUCGGAGACGACGCCAGAUCAGAUCAAGCUGAAAGCCAGACGUCCGGCCCUGCUAGGAUCCGGCCCCGACCCACCGGCUCGCCCCGCAUCACCACGCCCCGCGCCCUCAUCCGCCCCCGCCUGCGCCCCUCCACCACCACCGCCGCGCCGCCUCCGCCGCCGCCGACCACCCCCGAGCCCGCCGUAGUCGAGGAGGAGACCUUCGUCGAGGAGGAGACCUUCGCGCCCGAGGAGGACUUUGUACUCGAGGAGGAGUUCGUGCCCGACACCACCGCCGCGCCGGAGACUUCGGUGAGGCCGACCAUCAAAUCGCUCCUCAGCCCUCGGCCUAGGCCAAGCACCACGCCCGCGCCCAGGACGCCCGCGCCCACCACGCCUGCACCCACCACGCCCAGACUUCUGAGCCCGAGACCCACCGCCGCCAGGCCAGUCCGCCCGCGCCCGUCCUUCCGCACCACCACCCCGCGCCCCUCGACAACCCGCCCACCUCCCCGCAGCCCUCGCCCUCCCCGCCCGGUGACCCAGAGGGCCCCGCCCGCGCCCGUCGGCCCCGCCGCCUCGUCCAUCAUCGGGGGAGACUACUUCGACUACUAUUACGAUGAUCUGGAACAGGGCGCUCUCACGGGCACCCUCGGCCAGCUGGCGACGCUGACGGAGAAGGCCGUGCUGAUGCCCGACGGCUCCGUCACGUGCUACGACACCGGCUACUUCGCUCACCCUGAAUCCUGCAAGAAGUUCAUCUCGUGCUCCAAGACGGUGCGCGGCCUCGUGCGCGGCUGGGUGUACACCUGCCCACAGCAGCUGGUGUUCGACCCCGUGGGCGGCAUGUGCAACUGGGCCGAGGCCGUCGACUGCAUCGGGGCCGAGUAGGCGCGCCCGACGCCGACGGGGAGCCUCCGCCCGCCCAAGGGGGUGCUGCGCCGGCUCCGUCAGCGCCGCCAUCCUGGGGCGACAGAAGUGUUAUCGUGUUAUCAUGUAACAUAACCAUGUGAUGGGCAAGGGUCUAAAAAGUCGUACAUAAUUUGUAAGAUAUAAUGUUGUGAAACAGUAAUUGCGCCUCUGGAAGACUUGCAUAUUAUUGUUUAAAAUUAUCUAUCUGAUAUGUAACCUUAUCUAUAGUCUUGUUAUAUUUCAUCUGAUUAGGAAUAGGAUGCAUGAUACAAGUAAAAAAAAAACAAACAAAAACAAAUAUUUUGACAAUAUCUUCAUAUAAAUCAAAUUUCGAGAUACAGACCUCCAAAACAAGUAAAAUAAUUCAACCCAUAUAUAAAUAUUUUUUGCAUAAGUGAAGUAUACAAUUUUUGUUUUCAGUGUGACUCACUGAGUGUCAAUUAUGCCAAACUGUUUUUCUCGUUUUUCUUCAUCUUUUGAAUAUUAUUUUCUUUUGUCACGUUUCUUCGAGGAGUGAAAAGUAAUGAUUGACAGGCGUGCAUCUCUCAUUUGUUCCUUUGUUGUUUCAAAGAAGUGAUACUUUGACUGUGUUUUUGUGAAACUUGUUGAGUGAAUGUGUUGAUGUGGUGCUCCUCAUCCGAUGUGAAGAUGAGAUUCUAAAUUAUUAUUAUUAUAUGGGUUCUUUAUAUUUGACCCCAUCCGUGUUUAUUGUGUAAAUAGCAUUUUGUAAUUAAACAUAUCCAUAUAA